AUGGCCAUCACCUCGUUGGACAUGAACCCAAAAUUCUCCGCCAGCAACCCUUCGAUGAAUAAGCGAUGGCCUCCGCUGGCUGAUAAGACCUCUCUCCCUUACAAACUCACCUCUCUCUCUCGUCAAAAACUCGCUCGUGAGGCUACUGCCCCGAAUCCUGACAUCCGUCGUUGUCUCGGCCACUUUCGCCUCCACUGCUCGUCCAUGGAAUGGGCGCAGAAGGAUAUGACUACUCGCAUCAACUCAUUCGAAAUGGAGGACGAUGAUGAGGAUGAGGAGGAAGAGCUGCUGCAGCAGCAGGAAGAGAAGGAAACCAAGGAACUUCCGUUGCUAGGAGCCGACCACGAGGACAAGAACAGGGUCAAGAGCCGCAAGGACGAUGAAGACGAGGAGGGUUCGGACAAGAAGCCAUUGCAUGUUCGGUUUCAGAUCUCCGUGAAGCCUUCGGCUACCCCCACCACACCGUCACAAUCCUCUUCUCCGUCGCAAUCAUCGACCUCGUCUUCUCCCUCAUCGCCGUCCGAGGCCGAGAACGCAAAGGACGGCCUCUUGGAGAAGGGCAUCAGCUGCAUCCAGAAGACGCGACAGCACUUUUGGUCAAAUCCAGGACAGUGCAUUCCAAUCCGGAUUGCCAAUUGA